AUGUCGGCCGGUUACCAGGGCGGUCUUGUUUCGCUGGGAUUAAAUAUUGGGAUCAUUGCCCAUGUCGAUGCUGGCAAAACCACAACGACUGAGCGCAUGCUGUAUUAUAGCGGCGUGACUCGCCGAGUUGGAGACGUCGAUGCAGGAAACACAGUGACUGACUUCCUCGACCUGGAGCGGGAACGAGGUAUCACAAUUCAGUCAGCAGCCAUCACUUUUAACUGGCCCCUUCACGAGGAAUGCGCCCCAGGCACAACCCCCAAAACGAUCAAUCUUAUCGACACACCGGGUCAUCAAGACUUCAGAUUUGAGGUUGACAGGUGUCUGCCUGUUCUUGACGGUGCUGUAUGUAUCAUCGACUCAGUGAAAGGCGUAGAAGCUCAUACGGAGAGAGUGUGGGCUUCAGCACACGAUCACAAGAUCCCUCGCAUUGUCUUCGUCAAUAAGCUCGACCGAGACGGUGCUUCAUUUCGAAAAUCUGUGUUGGAGAUUGGGUCACGUCUGAACGGGUGGCCACUUGUAUGCCAAAUUCCAUGGUGGGAAGGAGACCAGUUUGUCGGUGUCAUCGACGUCAUUGACCGAGUCGGAUAUCGGUGGAAGGCAGAGAAGCAGAAGACGAAGUACGAGUUCGCGGAACUGCAAGAGGUGCUCAAGGGCAACUAUCUUCUCGAUGAAAUUGAGACAGCUCGCGAGCGGCUCAUUGAAGGCCUCGCUGAAUGUGAUGAGUCCAUUAUGGACCUGUUCGCAGACGAUCCAAACAAAAUCACAGGCAAGAUGUUGAAAAACAGCGUUCGAAGCGCCAUCCGCAGUGGCGACGGAAACGUUAUUCCCGUUCUAGCAGGUGCCAGCUUCCGGCACAUCGGUGUCGAGCCCCUGAUGGACGCCAUCGUUGACUACCUUCCCAGUCCUGACGAACGACCUGAUCUUGAGAUCCGUGCCGGCCCGGCAAAGCACAACCUCAUUACGCUACUCGGUCAGAACUCGAGCAAGAAGCCAGGCCAGCAGCGUGUAGCAGCAGUCGCCUCCGUCUUCAAGGUCUAUAAUCACCCCAAAGAGGGAAUCUUGAGCUUCGUGCGAGUCUACUUUGGCGAACUUCACAAGAACUCGUCCACCUGGAACACGCAUAAUCAGCAGGCAGAGCGUCCGUUCGGCUUGUUGCAGAUAUCCGCGGAGAAGACAGAAGAUGUGCAACACCUUGCCACUGGCCAGAUUGGCGCCAUCAAGGGUCUAAAGAAGGCUCGUACGGGCGACACGCUGCUUGCUACUAUCGCUCAGAAGCAGAUCCCGGAUGCCCUCAAGCAUAUCCAGAUCAGGCCCCCAGAAAUUCCUCCGCCAGUGGCUUUCCUCGCGAUUGACCCCCACGGGCCCACAGCUUCCAAGGAGCUAGAGAUCGCGCUCGAAAAUGCGUCACGAGAAGAUCCCAGCUUGAGAUGGAGCCGUGACGAGAAGACAGAACAAUUCAUCCUGCAGGGUAUGGGCAAACUCCACCUUGAUAUCGCCGUCUACAACCUCAAGCAGAACCCUAAGGUUCAGGCCGACUUCGGUCCUAUCGAGGUCGAUUACAAAGAGUGCAUCACGUCCUCAAUCGGACCACAUCAUGUCACCUUUGACAGGGUCGUCGCGAGUAAGUCGGGCAAGGUAUCAUGUACAGCAACUCUGGAACCUCUGGAAGACCACCACCGCCAAGCCGCACUUGAGCCGACUGUCGAACGCGACGGGAACAUGAUUCACAUCAUCAUCGAUCUCCCCGAAGACGGCAACAUAGCCUUUGAUCCCGAGGAAGCCCGACAGCAACUCAUCAAUGGCGCCGUCGCAGCCGUGGCCCGCGGCCCGCGCCGCGGCUCCCCCGUCCAAGGUUGCCACAUCACCAUCACCGUUGACGCCGCAGCCGCCGAGAGCCCGUCCGGUGGACACUUCGCCGGCGCAGCAUCUCGAGCCGUGCGCGAAGCACUCCGCGAGGCGCACAUCACAAAGGGUGCCGUGGGCGUCCUCGAGCCCGUCAUGCUUCUACACAUCAGCUGUCCCGAGGCGGCCGCGGGCUUGGUGCAGCAUGACAUCAGCUCAGGAGCCGGUGGACACGUACUGGAGGUCAAUGAUAAGUCCGCCGAGUCGAGUUCGCACAUCGACGUCAGCAGUAUCUACGCGCCGCCAGAUCCGUACGAGAUCGUGGCUUCAUUGAGGGGGAAAAAGUCGUUGGCCAGGACGGUGGAAAUUGUAGCCAAGGUGCCGUUCAAGGAGGUCUUGAACUUUGACGAGCAGCUGAGAGGCAAGACUGGCGGAAGACACUCGAUGACGAUGGCGUUUGACAGUUUCGAUCGUGUUGUUGGCCAACGAGAGAAGGCAUUGUAA